AGUUGAAAAAAAAAAAAAUCAGGCUCUAGUGGAGGUGCAGAGAACAAGGGCGGAACUGUUUUCAUUUAUUCCACUUAAAACAAACAAACAAAACCCAAACAAAUCCUGCGGUCGGUUCUCACCACUGAUUAUCUGUUUUAAUAAUUAGAAGUAUUUUGCAUCUCACGAAUGUGAAAGAAGAAGAGCAUUUCGAGGAGUUUUUGCAGUAAAAGGAUGUCAAUGAGGCCUCGCAACAGGGAAAUCUGCGCUGAUUGCAGCGCCUCUGAGCCUCGAUGGGCCUCGAUCAAUAGAGGAGUCCUUAUCUGCGACGAGUGCUGCAGCAUACACCGAGGUCUGGGUCGUCACAGCUCGCAGGUCCGCCACCUGUCUCACACGCCAUGGCCUGCGUCUCAGCUACAGAUGGUCCAGACUUUAUACAACAAUGGGGCGAAUUCAAUCUGGGAGCACAGUCUUCUCGACCCUUCCUCGAUCAUGAGCGGAAAACGCAAAGCCAAUCCGCAGGACAGAGUGCAUCCUAACAAAACGGAGUUCAUAAAGGCCAAAUACCAGAUGUUGGCUUUUGUUCAUCGAAUGCCGUGUCGCGAGGACGACAGCGUGACUGCGAAGGAUCUGAGUAAACAACUCCACUCGAGUGUGCGGACCGGGAAUCUGGAGACGUGUCUCAGGCUGUUGUCUUUGGGAGCGCAGGCGAACUUUUUCCAUCCAGAGAAGGGGAACACUCCAUUACACGUGGCGGCUAAAGCGGGUCAGCUUCUCCAAGCCGAGCUCCUCACGGUGUACGGCGCAGACCCCGGCGCUCCAGAUAGCAGCGGAAACACACCCGUCGAUUACGCAAGACAAGCAGGGCAUCAGGAUCUGGCUGACAGGCUGGUGGAGAUCCAGUAUGAACUGACGGACAGAUUAGCCUUCUACCUGUGUGGAAGAAAACCAGAUCACAGAAAUGGACAACAUUUUAUAAUUCCUCAGAUAGCAGACAGCACUCUGGAUUUGACCGAAUUGGCUAAAGCUGCAAAAAAGAAACUCCAAUCACUCAGUAAUCAUCAGUUUGAAGAGCUGGCCAUGGAUGUUUACGAUGAGGUGGACAGAAGAGAGACCGAUGCAGUGUGGCUCGCGACUCAGAACCACAGCGCUCUGGUGACGGAAACCACAGUGGUUCCCUUUCUCCCAGUCAACCCUGAAUACUCGUCCACUAGGAACCAGGGUCGGCAGAAGCUGGCGAGGUUCAACGCUCAUGAGUUUGCUACACUCGUGAUAGACGUUUUAACCGACGCAAAGCGCCGCCAGCAAGGGAAUUCCCCGGAUGUCAAGGAUAACGUGGAGCUGAUUCUGAAAGAUAUCGGCAGGCGCCUCGGGAGCGAGAGCCAAGAGCCGGAACAGCCCGAUUACGACAGCGUGGCCUCUGAUGAAGACGCGGAACGAGAGCCAGGCUCUGGGAAAGACGAGAGGACCAAGAGCUCGGAGUCCUCCGACCUGUCCGACGGCCCCAUCACCGUGCAGGAGUUCAUGGAGGUGAAGAAUGCCUUGAAUGCAUCCGAGGCCAAGAUCCAGCAGCUGCUCAAGGUCAACUGCCACUUGAGCGAGGAGCUGAGGCACAUGCAGAGCAAGCUGAACUCCCUGCAGAACGAGAACAGCAAUCUGAAAUGGCAGGGCGCCAACAGCCUGGCGCACCCGCAGGAGCCGCAGCGACGGGCCCCGCCCCGCGGAGGCAGAGCCAUGUCCAUGUACGAGACGGGCUCGGGCAUGAAGCACUACCAUGCCAGAGCAGACGGUGCGCAUCCCGAGCCUGGCAGCCUCACCCUCCAGCCCCUUCCUCCUGGUAUUGGGAAGGGUCCCUCCAUGGGUGCCUCCUCCCUCCCCACCUUCCCUUCCACCCUGUCCUGGGCGUGGGACGAGCGAGCCCAAAGGCAGGGGUCCAGGGUGGAAGGAAAGAGCAGCACCUCCGAGAGCGACUACGAUAACACGCCCAACCAUGCCGAGCCGGACGACUCCAGGCCUAGAACCGGUGGCCGGCACGGAGAGGGAACCAUCCCCGAAUCGGGUGACUUCGAGUGCGAGACCGACUCGGCGCUGCCCUCCACCGAGGACGUCAUCAGUAAGACCGAGCAGAUCACCAAGAACAUCCAGGAGCUGCUGCGUGCCGCACAGGAGAACAAACAAGAGAGCCCGGGUUGUUUCAGUGGUCUGCUGCCCUGCGCCGAGCUGCAGGCGGACUCGUCCUGCUUCAUCCCGUGCUCGGAAAGAAUCCAUCUAGCUGUGACUGAAAUGGCCACGCUGUUUCCGAAGAGGCCGAGUUCGGAGAUGGUGCGUGGCUCCCUGCGGCUGCUGACUUCCAGCGCCAACCGACUGCAUGGCGAGUGCCAGCGAGCAGCACCGGCCGACUCCUGCCCCACCGACGCCCAGCUGGUCACGCAGCAGCUCAUCCAGUGCGCCUACGACAUCGCCAAGGCCGCCAAGCAGCUCGUCACCGUCACCACCAAAGAGAGCAACUGAGCCGCUCGCCUUUUACCGUCCUUUCCAUUUCAUCGGACGACGUCUCCCGUCGUCACUUUUGUGUUUUUACAGCAUCAGUAUUAUGAAACGUAUUUUUAUGUUAUAUUUUUAUUUAAAGGAAUUUGGUUCAUAGUGUCUGUUAAUCAAAUUUUAAGUUAUAACCUUGCCAUGGUAACGUGUUCAAAUCUACAGGCCGUUAGUUAUUAUUUUUUUUUUUAGUUGUUUUUUUUUUUUUGUCGAUCAGUCCGUGCUGCCGUUCUCUGGUAACGUGUCAAAUGGUCAUGUGACAGUGCAGUCUCUUGUUGUGAUAAAAAAAAACAAAAAAACCCAGUCAUACUUUGUGAAUAGUGAGUCCUUCCUGCGUGAAACACCACUUCAUCCCUCAUCCUGUGACUUAACAGAUGUACAGUAUCAGAAGUAUACACCGAUUUUACUUGUAAUGCUGAAGUCUAUAAAGCUGUAAUACCUCAUAUAUACAUAGUUGACUGCGCCAGGCCUCCUGUUACCAUGUUCCAGAGACCCCCGGGACGCUUUUUUUGAUUUGACGUGAACCACAUUUUAUUUCAAAACCCGCUUCGUUCGAGUACUCUGUUUUCAGCAAAUGCUUUCGCUGUCGUUUUCGCUCGCAUUUAUUUGUAAUUGUGCUUCGUGCAAUUAUGAAUGGAGAUCCAUCCAAAGGAUGUGUGUUCAGUUGCCUUGUGUCUCAGAAAUCCGUCAGCAGUUGCGCUUGUGAUUUUUAUUUUUUUUCUCUUUUUUUCUUUUCGUGGUGCUAACAGUGUGUCCUCAUAUUCUUCAGUAUAUUGUAUAAUAUAUAAAUGCUGCUACGCUGUCUCCUACAUAUGCAACUAAUAAGGUGGUGUUGGCUCAGUCCCAUCUGCGUACAGGGAUAACAAAAACCAUGACGGUUUAGCUUCUGUAAAAACCUUGCCAUUGAAUAUAAUAAACCAGAAUUUAUAACGCA